AUGCUCAGGGUGUCAGUGAAGAUGGCAAGAACACGUCCAGGGAGAAGCAAAGGCAUGUCUGGGGCUGGCUCUCAUGAAUCACGAGAGCAUGGUCCCAGGAAUGUGGCAUUUGAAGAGAAUGCUGGUGGCAGGUUUCGCCCUCGGGGAGGAUUGGGGUGGCCACCCGGAAGACAGACCCUAUAUAGACCAACGCCCCAGCUUGCUCGGGGGAUUCCUCCUCCCUGCCCGCCGUCCCCCGGGGAGGGAAUCCGGAGACGUCCGAAGCGGAACCCACCGAGAGGAGCUCGCUCGGGGUCCGGCAAAAGAACCGGACAGCUGGCGCCCGAACAGGGACCUCCGUCCCCGCCGAGCGAGAUCGUGGUCCCCAGUGGCUACCUACGAAAAACACAAGAUUGUGCACCGACGAACCGACGAAGAAGGAGACACCGUCAAAAGAGGAGGCGUCGGAAGAACCGCACGGAAAAGAAAAGGAGAAUGGAUAAGUUGAUGUUGCUCCUGGGGCUGCUUGGCAGCCUCCAGGUAACGUCCGGGGCCCAUAUUCCCCUACUCCGAACCACCAACUCCACACCACCCUAUGUGUAUUGGACAGUCAUCCCAGGGUUUCCCCAUGCGGCACCAGCGACAUGGGUGGGUGACCCGGUGCCCCUGAGGUUGGCGGGAUCAGGCUCCCUGGUCCUGGGCGGCCAUAGCAGCCUUGGCCCAGUGGUCGCCAGGGUACUUAAUAAGACAGUUACCUGGGAAUCAAAGCAUCUCCCCAUAUGCCUGACCAAGGCUGUCUCCGACCCGUGGUGUGCCCAGGUACAGAACAUGACCAUCAGAGAGACGCCACACGGGCCCCACUCCAACCUUGGUCAGGGGGAUUUCUUACAUAUGUGGGCCAUUGCAGCUAAGAAUAGAUCGGCAGCCUUCCAGCGCUUGCUGCAGGCUGCUGGGAGCAAUUGCUCUGGGUCCAAUAAGUCCAGGCCGGAUGUCCCAUGUAACAGGAAGGACUGGCUUAAUGCCACCGGCUCACUCUUUGAGAACAGUGACCCUCCAUCCUCCCCAUUACCCCCUUGUCAUCCCACUCCUAACAUGUUUGAUGUUAUGCAAGUAUGUUCUACAGGGCAUCUGGUGUGGGGACCCGAGUUUAACACAACAUUGAAAACUGAGGUGUACUUCAUGGAUGGAUUCCCCGGACCCUACUUUCCUGCCCCCGUACCACACGUGCUGCAUAACGCCACCCUGCAGACGCAACUCCACCUGUGGAAGGCCGCCGCUGCUUUCGGAGAGGUCAUCCACAUGACGGACAAUUCCGCCCCUUUAGCGGAUAAUGCCACGAUCAACCGAGCGUGGUUUGACCGCCUCUUUAAAGAAGGAUACACAUGCACCGAACACCUUCACAAGGGACACUGA